AUGGAAAAGAAAGAAGAAUUUUCUGACGCGUCCUCCUCUCCGGAAGCGGUUGCAAAGGAAGUGUCAACUAUUUCUCUACAGUCAAGAAUACCGCCGUUUUGGCGAGCCCAACCUAAGCUGUGGUUCGCACAAUUUGAAGCCGUGGUAUCUUCAUACAAGACCAGUGAAGAUCAAAAAUAUAAUCUCGCUGUCGCCGUGUUAGAGAGAACAGACAUCGAACAAGUGAGCGAUAUCAUCUGCAAUCCACCAUCCACUGGAAAAUAUCUAGCGCUGAAGAAGAGACUAUUGUCGGUAUACGAAGAAUCCGAAUCCAAGCAAUUCCAAAAGCUGCUAGGAGGAUUAGAGCUGGGAGAACAGAAACCUUCUCAACUUCUUCGUGUAAUGCGAGAUUUAUCCGGAACAAAAGUCGCCGAUGACGCCCUGAAAGUUCUGUGGAUGGGACAUUUGCCGUCGCAAGUACGAGCCGUGCUAUCUGUCAGCACAGAAUCCUCGCUCGACACCAUGGCUACGAUGGCAGACAAGAUGAUGGAGCACACAGAACAAGCGGUAGCAGAAGUCCGUGAAGAUUCAACCCCUAGAAGCAGCAGCGAAACGCAAAACAACUUGCAAUUUCAAGUCUUAAGCAAACAAAUAGAAAAGCUUACACUUGAGAUUGCCGCUCUCAAAGAAGGUCGGUCCAGAUUUCGUGGUCGUCAACCCUUUAGAAACCCACGCCAGAACAGAUCAUCAACCAGAUCGAAGUCGAGAAACGGAAGAAAACCAGGUGACCCAGAAUGGGAAUGCUCGUAUCACUAUCGCUUCGGUGAUAAGGCCAGAAAAUGCCAGUCACCCUGCGCUAGGCGACGGUCGGAAAACUAG